CCAUUUUCUCCAAUCCAGCUAUUUCUCUUUCUUUGCCUUUUUCCUUUUCACAUUGUACUUAUACAAAUAGUAUGCUUUUUGUAUUUGAGUAGAGAUUUUACGGAUCACAGAAAUGGGUUCGCUUGAAUACGGCCAGUGUGACGUAUUCGUUUAAUACAAAAACAGAAUCCGCGCACUCAAGGUAGUUGUACCUACAAUCAAUCAAUCAAUCAAUCAAUCAAAAAAGACAACUUGUUACAACCUUUGAAAGCAGAGCAGUAUUCACUCAAAGAUUAAUACAAAUAGAUUUAAAAACACUUUUGUAAAUAGACUUAUUUUUAGAUACGAUUUAUAGGUUUGAAAUAGUUGUAACUUAAGAUAUGUACCUUUUUAUCUUAAGAUGAUUAAAAGAUUGAUUGAUUGAUUGAUUCUACAUGACAACCAACCUUUUUAAUACAGCGACAAUUUCUUUAUCACUAGUGAACACUUGUGUGUGAACUACUGAACUUUAUAUUAGCGAAACAGCACACUCGCCCGACAUACUUCGCGAAUGUUUACAAGAAACUAUUAAUUUCUAAAAAUGGAAAAGUGGUGUAGGUUUGAAACCCUAACUUUAUAGUUAUUAUUGUUAUUGCGUGCCGUUAAUUUCCGUUUUGUUACUUCCUGCGACUGCACGCGCAACUGCACCCAGUUUAGUGUUUCAUUGUGUAUCACUGUCGGCUACAAUAAGGUCACUCUAUUCUGCAAUUGGAUAUUUACUCUUACGUUUUAACUCUAUCGACGGUAUUCAGCCGCCAUUUGGUGUGUGCGCCAACUAAAAAUGGCGUUCAAAGAACAACAAUCGUUCCGUAAUAUUUCGUACGAAGAUGAACUUCAACGAGCAAAAAUGUUAAAAGAAGAUUUAGAGAAAGGAGAUGGUUGGAGCCUGGCAGCCUCUGGUGAUGGUUAUGACUAUUGGAUAAAAACAUUUCACAAGGAUCCUGUUGCUAUCAAGAUCGCCUACAACAUUGAUAUGCCGUUUCCACCUGAGGUUUUUGUAAAGUUGCUUGAUCCUAAGAAUCUCGAAGCGCGAAACGAUUGGGACAGAUCUUUCAUCGAACACGAAUGCCUGGAAACAUUUGCUGACGAAGGUAGUGUCACAUACAUGCGAGCUCUCUUGUCGUUUCCCUUGGCCGAUCGCUCGUUUGUGCUGUAUCUCCCUGAAGCCAAAGAAGUAGAUUGGUUUGGAAAGAAGGCGACGAUGCUAUUGAUAAAGCAUGCGUGGCAUUCUUCAAAAACUCCCGGCGAAGAUGGCUAUGUGAGAGCUACUAACGGUGGAAACUUCUAUAUAAUAACAGAGGAUGAAGAGAAACCUAGGAAGGCGUGUCACGUGUUUGGCCUAACUGCCAACAAUUACAACGGUUGGAUUCCGAAAACCGGCAUGGAAUGGAUGCAAAAGAGAGUUGUGCCGAAAAAGUUUAACGAAUGGCGCGAUGACAUGGUUAUGGGUUAUGACAAGUACUUUAAAGAAUAACACAGAAUUCGUUUGUCACUGAUUCGAAUUCUCGUUUGAUUUACAUAUAUCAUCGCUGUGCAUCUUUUAAUAUACAUGCAGGCUGUCCUAAAAAAAUUCAAAAAUUAUAGCUUUCACUGAGAAUUUAGACACAAUUUUAACCGUUUAACGUUUUAACGCGUGAAAGAUUACUUAAUUAUAUAUCUUUUAUAAUCUUUUACAAUUAAUGUUGCAAUUUUAUUGGCUAAGAGGAGUGCAAUUUGAGUAUAUCGCACUCUCUGGUAUAUACAACUAGCCAAUCACCAUUCAGGAUGCAAAAUAUGAAUUUGAAUUAUGCUAAAUUUUAAUAACUCCAAAUUAUACUAUUUA